AUGCCAGUUGAUCGUAUGCGAAAAGUUGACUAUGGUUGUUAUAGCAUCACAUUACUUAAUUCAAGAUAUUUAUCACAACCAAAUUAUCUUGCUGUUGGUCUAUUAGUUGCUGAUUUAUUUGAUUCAGAUUGGGAAAAAGCACAUAAUGAAAGAAUUAAUUUUGUUAAAAUUAUUGAUACUGAUGUAACUGGAUUAGUAGAUUUAAUAAUUGAUAAACGUUUAGAAAAAUUAGAAAAUCUUCGUGUAUUUAUUAUUGAAGAUGAAGAAAAUUGUGCAUACCGUUGUAUGCCAUAUAAUGAUAAAAAACGUUUUCGAUGGUAA